GAAUUAAGAGGAGCCAGGGAGGAAAGUUCGUGGACCAAUUCCCUUGAAAGUGACUCAAUAUCUAUUUAGUGAAGGGAGAAGACAUUGCGUUUCUUUUUGGGUUGGGGGCUGCUUGAAGUUCGUUCGCCAAGCUAUGGUGGAACCAAUUUGGUGAUGGAAUUGAAUCCGCCACCGUCCACAGUUCAAUCGAAGGAUCUUGGGAAGACAAAAGGGUUGGGAAAAUCGAAGAUUCCAAAGCGGAUUGUUGAGCGGAGGCAAUCCGCCCUCCACACCCCAUCCCCACCUCAGUCACCGGCUCAUCGUGCCAAGUCUCCGAACGGAAUCAUCGGCACUUGCAUUCCAAGUUGCCUCACGGAUUCCACGGAGAGUACUUUGGUGGCCCAUCAUCUCCUUUUGACCCAUGUUACCCAACACGAUCUGCAUAAACGGGUGGUGAUUGCUGGGGUCAAGAGAGGUGUUCUCAAAUACUUUGGCAGGACCCACUUCCAAGAGGGCAUUUGGUGUGGGGUUCAGUUGGACGAUCCCGAGGGCAAGCAUAACGGGCAAGUGCACGGAGUUCAAUAUUUUGAAUGUGAUUACGACAAGGGCGUUUUCGCGCCCUUGCACAAAGUGGCAUUGGAGUUGCAACCGGAAAAACCUGAGGAAGAAGGACUCGCAACCUCAAACACACUGAAGCGCCAGAACACGUUUACGAUCGACGACGAAGAGAGGUCAAAAAGGUCUUCCGUUGAAGGACAGAACAGCGUUGUAAUGGAGUCUCAUACGAAGAAAAGACCUGCCACGGCUCCAGGCUCGCGUCGGACGAAGACUGGCCAACAACCUCUUGGGUCUCCAAAGGUUCUGGACUCUACAUAUGCAGUCAAGACUGGGAGUCCCAAAAGGGCGAACAAGAACCAGGGACCCACGAACCCAACAACCCACCAUCGAGAGCAUCAGAAAACGAUUCAAAGGAAGGCCAGCCUCUCUGGGGUCUUGGUCAAAGGUCGGAGGAACUCACCCGAGAUGGACGAGAGUUUGGGGAUUUUGAGUCCCACGGAAAUGCAGGGAUUACCUUCGUUGUCAACGAGUAUUUGCUCCAAUUUCGCUUGGGAGACUCCCCGAUCCCCAGAGGAGCUCAAUGCGACUUCUCAAUUGUCAGGGGCGACUCUCCAGGACGUCUCAAUGUCCACUCCGCACGAGAAAACUGAAAUUCUUUCUCCACGUCUUUCAUUGUCCCCCAUCAAAACCUUUUCCUUGGAUUCCGAAAAGAUCAAAGCCAUUGAAUCCAUCACUAUUGACGAUCCAGAACCCCUUAAGCCUACCACAACCCAUUCAAAUUUCCAUCAAAAUCUACCCGUGGAACGAAAACUCAAGGGGUACGACAACGAAUGCGAUCUGUUGUUUGCCCGUACCGAACAGCUGCUUCAAUCUUGCCGCCAAAAACGAGAGAAGGCACAACAACUUGAAAUAUCAGCCUUAUCACUCCUGGAAGAGAGGGGAGACUUGACAACGGUUAAGGUUUCAAAUCAGACCGUCAUUCAGCCCGGUAAUGAGACCAUUAUUCAGCCUUGCAAUGAAACCGUGAUCCAGCAAGCGAGUGACACCAUGAUUCUGCCCGGAAAUGAAACCAUGAUUCAACCCUCCGACAAGACUACUAUAAUUGAAUCGUCGAACGACGCCAUGGUCAUUGAGGAUAUCGACAUUCCUGUCGACUUUGAUGGUCCGCAAGCCGAUCCGGAUUCAACUUUCACCAAGGAUCAAUCCAACGCCACCUUUCACAACAAUAAUGAAACAUUGAACCUCUGCCCUAAAGAUAUUUUCGACACGACUAAAGCUUUACCAUCAUUGGAAGUGAGGGUCGUGGAAUGUCCCAGGUCGUUUAUUCGAGUAAUGGAUGCCGAUUGCAUGAUUUCAAGCAAGACCGACUCUAUCGAUACUGGAUUAGGAAGCAUGCCAUCCAGCAUGAUAUCAAUGGCCACAAGUCAAGACCUUCACUCGGAUAUGGAAACUAGCGUGUCCGAGUCUCUUUCAAAUCGAGUAUACGAACAAAAGAUUUCCCCCAUCUCUGAACGGGAAGAAACUCCUUCAACCGAUCUUGAUAUCACUCUGAAACUGGCUGAUAUCUCUAUUGAACCCCCGGAAAAUCCGUGUCCGACGGAAACAUCUGAGCCCUCAUCUGAAUCAACCUCUGAAUUACCGCCGAUUACAAAGCGAAAGCAUUCGGAAAACGGACAUUUAGGCGUUGAGAAGCCUGCUCUGAAAAGAAAUCGAUCGGCUGAGAAAGGUCUGGCUACCAAGCGAAGCGAAUUGCUAACCAAAGAGCGAAUCAUGCCCAAAACCAAUGUCCCCUCAAAAUUAAAGGCCAUGUUGGAAACCAAUAAAGAAGUGGCAGCUGAGAACCCAAGGAAGAAAAGAGAGAAAAAAGCCGGGAGGUGGGAUGAAAUCAUGAAGAAUAUCGCUGAGAGUCAGAAGCAAACCAUGAGUCAAGUGAAGAAAACGAAAGAGGUCAAAAGCAAGGUUUUCGAGGGAUUCAAGCCCCCUCCCAUGGCCAGAAACCGAUCUAACUUGGGCAGCAAUCGAAGUUUGGCAAGUAGAAAUGACGAAAACUUGGAGAGGAAAUCGACCGACUUUGACGAGACUCCGAGUGUUCGAUCUAGAUCCAAUUCCAAAUCGUCUGUUUACUCCACAACUUCAGUGACAUCAAGUGCGUCCAAAAGGACAUCCUCCGCAGAUCUGUUGAGAUCAAAUUCAGUUUUGAGUGAAAUCUCCAACCGAAGUGAGACCCAAGUGUCCCAACGAACCAAUGCGAAAAAUGCCAAAGUGGCCUCAACGGGAUCUGCUCAAGAUUCUAAGAAAACCAUCCAAGGCGUGCCCAAAGCUUCCAAGCGACCUCCCGUCAAUCCUCCUCGUCCAGCCUCGAAAGAAGGUUCUAACACGCCCACCACCACGCCAACCUAUGAGAGGCAAGUGAAAUCCCUGACCCCCGAGAGGGAUCUCCACAGAUUGGGCGGGACUGGUUUGCGUUCCAGCAAUCCAGCCAUUAGGAAAGUGUCUGCCUCUUCUGCCCGCCCUCUGCUCCAUGCGAAGAACAAUCGUGAGCAGAGUGUGACCAGUGUGAAAUCGGCCAAAAGUGCCAAACCAAGUGACAGGGUGACCAGUAACAACGCGAAAAACUCGCACAGCUCCACCAUCACCGUCAAAACCAAAGAUCUCAGAUCCAAUACUAGUGGUCAAACUAGCAAUGGCGUCUCGAGAACGAGGAAGAUUUCCCCGAGUAGCAACACCAACAACGCAACCAAUCCUGUUAAUAGUGGUCGUGUUGGAGCCAAAAAGUCCAAGGACAAUUCCAAAGAUCGAAUUCAAAACAGAAGCAGUUCCACCACCACCACUGCCACUGCCACCCGAUAUCACCAACCAGAUCUAGUCAAAGUGGGAUCCGAGUUCUCCUCAGUGGAAGCCAAAGAACGGGAAAUCCAGAACCUCAGGUCCCAAGUCAGACACAACGCCAAAGCUUUCGAUGCACUCUCCAUCACUUUCGAUUAUCUCGCUAAUAAGAUCGGUGGAUUGGAGGCCCCCGUGUUGCGACAACAAUUGGAGGACCUGAAAUCGAGAUUGGAGGGUCGAGAGAAGGAUUUCGUGCAAUUGACUAACCAAAGAGCGCAUGAUUUGGACACCUUCCGACAAGAGACCAACCAACAGAAGGCCAAUACUGACCUACUAAUCCAAGAGUUUGACUCGAAAGUGGCCAAGGUCAAACAGCAACAUCGAACCCUACUCGAAAAAGCUCAACAAGAACAUAAAGAGGCCAUUGAACAUAUCAUCGAGACUCGAAUCAACGAUCUCACCGAACAAGAUGAACGACACGAGCAUGAGAUUAAAGGCCAUCAAAAUCAGUUCAAGGCUCAAUUGGAAGAACUGGAGGCCAAAUGGCAGGAAAAACUUCUAUCGUCAUUGGAGGAGAAGCAAGAAGAGAUGCGAAAGGUUGACCUGUUGUGGCAAAGCAAAGAAGAGAAAUGGCAAGAAAGCAAACGAUCAUUGGAAGACCAGAUCCAUACCCUGCAAAAUGAGAUCAAGGAACAUGAAGCUCUCUCCAGGGCUAAGAACAAGGGUGAUCUUCAAUUGCAAGCUGUUCAUAACAAGAUCGAAAAGGUGAACGCUGAGGCUGAAUCAUUGAAGGCCGUCCUUGAGCUCAAAACUCGUGAGGUCCAUGUUCUACGGAACGAGAAAGUUAGACUUGAAGAGAAGCUGGAGGAAUUUGAUCGUGUGAGAUUGGAAUUGAGCAAGGCCAGCGCGAUUGUCGAGGAUUUGAAGGCUCAAGUGGCUAAGAAAACGAAUGUCGAAAGGAAAUUGUCGGCGGAAAACCGCAAAUUGUACUCGAACAUUGAGCGAGAAUCCUGUGAAAAGAAGCGAUUGUCCAUGGAGAACGAGGAGCUCCAUUGGAAGAUCCGACAGAGCAUGGAUGGCUUAUCGUUAAGCACCGUCGAAGGACCAAGCUCAGGUCAAUCCUCCUUGUCGGAGCAUUAUGAAGGCUUGAACAAACUAUCCUGCAGUUUCACAGAAGGAUGUAGCAAGUCAUUGCCACCGUUCAUGGGAAGAAUCACCAACCGACCCUUCCAACUUCACACCUCCGAGUACGGUCCCAUCUCAGAGUCUUCGGCCAGUUCCGCCGAUUCCGGGGCCGACUUCGACGUGUUCGACCCCCGUUCACUCCCGAACCAAGGGAGGGCGUGUGCUGCGGGCAUGGAGGCCGCAGCCUCCGACUCCGUACCCGACUCACCUCGCGUCCUCGAGGUUGUUAAGAAAACCGAGUCCGUGGCCUGGAAGCUCGAGUACGACGAACUAAUGGGCGUGUUCCCACCUUGCUACACUCCCAGUCCCAACCUGAGUCGAAAGAUAUCCCCCAAAUCCGCCUCCAGGUCCAUGGAGAACGUCCACAUGCCCGAUCAUCUGGCCUUGAGUCGCAAAAAGGCCGUACACACCUUCGAGCCUGUUCGCGAGAGCUCCGAACCCAUCGAAGGCCAAUCCCCCCAAUCCAUGAUGAUCAUGACCCCCACCACACCCGAUCCGGUGAACAUUAGCGGAGACUUUGACGACAUCGGGUCCGAGAUCUCGAGCUCCAGUGAGAUCGAAAUCGAGGAUCAACCUCAAAACUCUGAAGGCGGCCUCAGUUCUCCCGAAGAGACCGUGGAGGAGGUGAGCCAGAUUUUUGUGGCUCAUCAAGUACAACAGAUCCGGAAGAAUCCAAUGAAUUGCUCUUUACCUAGCUACGACUUGCAGAAUCUGUUCUGUCCGCAACCCAAAGAUUCCGGAGGUGAGUCCAUGAUGGCCGAUCCCGAGGAUCCAAGCGAGUUCAACGAAUCUUCGGGCGAUGAGGAGUGCUCCAUGUCUCCGGGAGAGAGCAACCUCAUGUCGGACAGUCUGUCCGCCGUUUCUUGGAGUGAGGAAUGCGAAUGAACCCGCUUCUCAUCUUCUCUCGCUCUCUGACAAAACCAUCACUGUUUGCUCAUCCUCAGGUCCUUGUAUAGCCUGUCCCCGCAUCAUAACAAAGACCAAAUAUUCGAAAUUCUAAUAUUUAACUAUCAUAGAAAGGCAGACUCUGCUCCGACCGAUCCCCUAUGCUUAACCGAACAUGUUUUCAAAUAAAGAACCCUAAUGUCGAGAUUA